CCAAAAAUAAAUGUGGUAGCGGUGGCUUGCUUAACCGAAAAUGCGAUUGGAGGACAUGCUACUCUCACUGAAUCAGUAAUAACUUCCAUGAAUGGAAAAACUGUAGAAAUUAACAAUACUGAUGCUGAAGGUCGUUUAGUCUUGGCCGACGGAAUCACCUACGCCAUUCGCAAAGAAAAGGUUAAUGAAAUUAUUUCUGUAGCCACCUUAACCGGAGCAGCUGUGGCAGCACUAGGAGAACAAUUAACGGCAGUAUUAACUAACAACCGAACUUUUUAUCGAAAAUUAAGAAAAGCAUUUACGAAAUCUUUUGAAAGAUACUGGGAAUUGCCAAUUAUUCCUGAAAAUGUUGAAAGUUUAAAAAAAAAUACUUCUAUCGCCGAUAUUAGUAAUAUUAGUAGCAUUCGCUAUAUGGGCGCUUCUAGCGGAGCUGCCUUUUUACAAGAAUUUGUAGAAAAAAAACCUUUCAUUCAUUGUGAUAUUGCCGGCACAGCCGUAGAAACCAAAAAUAAACGUGGAACGGGAGUAAUG